UAAAUUUCGUAUUCCAUGUCCCAAUUACUAGGUAUUGCUAAGAGACAGUGUUUGGAAGUUUUCGGCGAAAGCGCAUCUAAAUGGGGUGUCCCUGAUCUCAGUGAAUGCGUCUCGGAUAAAAUGAUAAAUAUCGCCCAACAGCUGGAUGAUCCCGACGUCGAUGUCACCGAAAUUUCCAUGCAGCUUGUUAAUGCUACUGACGUUAACACGCAUGCACAAGCUCCAUUUCAAGCCGGUGACCUUAAACUGGUCGUUGACCUCAUAGAGAAGAUUUCUCAAAAGAGCCUGGGAACAAUGCAGUACUUACCACCUGCCAUAAGAGACGAAACAAUAAAAAAGAUUACAAAGGCCAUAGUGAAGUCUUCCAGUAAUAUUCUAGACGACAAAGCUCUUGAAUCCUGGAAAUUUAUGCCAGAGGACUCGAGGGCCGCUGAAGCAAGUAAGCUUUUAAAAGGAGUUGAUGGUAUUGCUCUCUAUUUGGCCAAAACAGCUGUUGCGAGUAAUGCAAUCGUAUCUGAGGCCUCAAACGUCGGUGAGUAUCACUCUAGUUACCUCCAUACAAACUCCGUAUGGGGCGCUAUAUUUGGAGGUAAAAGAAACGAGAAACUCUUUCUAAUCCUGAUAACCCGCCCAUGUGACUCACACUUUAGAGCUCUCGCAGUUUUCAACAGCAUGGAGAAACAUAAAUUUGCCUUGAGUCUUAUUUCAUUGGUUGGUAUUAGCAUUUCCGUCGCAGCUUUGGCCCUCGCUUUUCUCACCUUUGCUUUCUUGAGGUUUAGAAACACGCGUCAUCGUUAUUUCGUUCACGCCAACCUAGCACUUUCUCUGGGUAUGGCGGAGACUUUGUUCCUGUUCGGCAUAACUAAGACGGCGAAUAAGCUACUUUGCAAGAUCAUCGCCAUCACCCUACACUACUUAUUUCUGGUUUCAUUUUGUUGGAUGGCUGUGGAGGGAGUCGUCCUCUAUCUUCUGCUUGUGAAGAUUUUCCGAACCAAAACUCGGCCAGCGAGAGAUAGAACUGUUUUCUUUACGUUUAGUUGGGGCAUCCCAGUAAUUGUCGUGGCUGUGUCGGCUGUGCCUUUUUACGAAGGCUAUGGCACGGAGGAAUUCUGUUGGCUGUCAAUUGAAAGGCACUCUACCUGGGCGUUUGUAGGACCAGUUCUUUUAAUCUGCUUGUUUAAUUUCGUUUGUUUGGGGAAGACGUUUAUGAUCAUGGCAGCUCGAGGACGAAAGAAGAAGGAAGACACAAGCAUUGAAAAAAUAAGAUACUGGUCUAAAGGAUGUGCUUUACUUUCGUGUCUCCUCGGCCUGACGUGGAUACUUGGAGUUUUUGUAGUCAAUCAAGACACCAUAUUUAUGGCAUAUCUUUUUAAUAUUUUCAACACCUUACAGUCCCCUUUCCCCGAUUCUCCCUUGAUCUAUAACUUGAAAGGGGGAAAAAGUCAGGAAGUUACAUUUUUAUGCCAAAGUUGUAGUCUACUCUUUCUAGUAUGUAGAGAACCUCAGAAAGUUGAAUAUAUUUCUGUACUUUUGAUUUUUCGUCAGCCGCAAGGUUCAAUUCAGCGGAGAACUAAUACCAUAACACGCCCCGAGGAUGUUGCAUUUCUAGAAAGAUUUGUUUAUAAACCACCCGCAGAAGUGACCAAUAUAUAUGGAACAGUUGAAGAUGAAAAUCUACAGAAAAACGUUGAACAGGCAGAAACUCAGCUAUUUGAGGAACAAGACGAGAAUCAAACUGACGGUCAAAAUGAGUUGGGAAGUUGUACACCAACGCUACAUCAGGAUCCAGAGCAAAGCAGAACAGAACAUGUUUCGCUUGAAACCGGUAUGACUUGUUCCUGUAAUAGUGCGUCAUUAUCGAAUCUCCCGGAUGUGAUACAGACUGACUACAAAGAGAACUAUAAGGCGAAAAAUGACAGUACGGUGUGAAAAGUGAGAGGAAGCGUGCGCAACUGCUUGUUUGAAAUCAAUUUUCUUACAUGAGAAUCUCGCUAAAUGCGUGUUUGGUGAGCGAAAUGGGGAACUUUUGCACACGAGGAUUGAAUGCCUAGCAGGGAAUUUAAAUGUGCUUUCUUGGAUGGCAUCAGUGGACCCCUUUAGAGAAGUAGAAGAGAUAAGCUGGGAAAUCUAGAAAGAAGUCCCAAAACCAUGGUGAAAUGUCAACUGCUGAAAUAUCCGGAAAAUAUUUAAGGUCCAGAAGCACUAUUCGCAAGGUUUGAGAUUUUCGCCGUGAAGUGGAAAUAGAAAGAUUGGAUCAAUGUCAGUAUCUGAGCGACUGCACACCCAUGUCUCCCCUGAUAACAAGCUAGGGUUAAUGUUGGAUCAGGGGAGGGGAAGGGGCGAAGUUGCUUAGGUACUGACAUUGAUCAAAAGAUUCAUCUAUUGAUGUAUGUCUUUUAAUAAAAAGACUACCUUGGCCAUGUUUCAUGGAUCAUCGCGUAGGUCACCGAGAAACUGAAAUGUUUGGACGUUUAACCAGCUGCGUUUAACAGAUGACUUUGAAUGAUGAAGGUAGAUUGACUGUAUCUGCGCACUCCCAAAAAGACUAUUCAGGAUGCUGGGUGGUGCUGUUGGUGCAGAAACGAAGGAGGAGUGGGGAGAGUGGUCACCAAUAGCCCAAAUGGAACAAGAGGAAAGAAGCAUUGAUUUUUUUCGUUUCUAUUGUCCUAAAAUUCUGCUGAUCUUACCUACAAUGCUAUGUUAAAACUUACUUAGUAUAAACCAACUUUCAUGACAAUCUAGAAUGUUAAUCUUCUUCAUUAGACCGCGAGUUCGUUCACGGUGAAAUUGUAUUUAUAAACAAACUUCAUUACUUAAUUCAAAUAAAUUUUGGAUGGAAUUAAUAAUUUAUAUUUUGACUGUGAUAUUGGCAUAAUAAUAACUUUUGGCCCCCUCUUUCCCCAAUAAAAUCUUGUUUGACAGUCUAAAGCCAUUUCUAUACCAAUAUAGGAAAUUUUAAACUACCUAAAAAAUUGUAAUUCCUAGAUGAUAAACCAAUUUAAAAAUCUAUAUAACUUAAUUUGUUACAUAUUUUCUCAAUAAUUCUUGGCAUUUCCACCGAACAUAAUAAUUUCCCUUACGAGCUCGCCUCUUGAUAUCCAUUAGAACACGUGACUUUGAUAAUUAUCCCACCUGCUGUUAGGAAGUAUUCUCUUUUAACUCUCUAUAACAGUAUUAUUUCCGACAUCGUUUUCUUGAACAAUAUACAUAAUUUUUCUUUGGAAAGAGCAAAUAUUUCAUUGACCUUCUGAAUUGUUCAUGAUCAAUACCGUAAGAUUGAUCAGAUUAAUGGCGCCUCCCUCGUAGCUUUCUUGUCUCUGCUGGUUAUGUGUCCAUGUAAGAAAAAUAAAGAGGAUUACAACCGCAACAUUUUCGUUGGCCUGCGCUGUCUGGUUCGUCUCGUCGCCUAUGUCGCGCAAAAUUGCUCCUAUAUUUUGUAUUUCAGAAAAGGCCAUCCUGUGGAGAAAAGAUAGAAAAGAGUGUUUCUCCAACAUAAAUUGUGCGAUGUUUUAAAAGUGUCUAUGAAUUAAUCAUGAAACCUGUAUUUAAAGAGAUGUAUGUUAAGGUAUUACAUGUUUACUAUCCCGCCAUAGAAAAUCACAUAUAAAAUGAUUAAACUGACUGCACUA